AUGGCUAUGGGAGCCUGGAGGAGCAGUAGGGAUGCGAGUUGUAUGUGGACUACGACAACGGAGUGUAUUAUAUUAGUUGUGAGAGAGGUGUUAAGGGUCUCGAAGGAUUUCACUGGUGGCCACAAAGGUGACUGGUGGUGGAGUGAGGAGGUACAAGAGAAAGUAGAAGCUAAGAAAGCGAUGUACUUGAAGCUUGUAGAAAGCAUGGACGAGGAGGCAACGAGGAUGAACGGGGAGGGGUAUAGGAGGGCUAAGAAGGAGACAAAGUUAGCGGUUACGACGGGUAAGAUUGCGGCAUUUGAGCAUCUGUAUGAAGAGUUUGGGGCCAAAGGCGGGGAUAAGAAGUUAUACAGGCUAGCCAGUGUGAGAGACAGGAAGGCCCAUGAUCUGGAUCAAGUUAAGUGCAUCAAAGAUGAGGAAGGUAGAGUUUUGAUGGAAGAUGCUCAAAUUAGACGAAGAUGGCAGACAUACUUCCAUAAACUCCUGAAUGAAGAGGAUGAUAGGAAUAUUGUGUUGCGCGAUUUGGAGCACUCCGAGGAUCACCGGGAUUUCGGGUAUUGUAGGCGCAUAAGAGUAGAGAAGGUCGAGGGGGCUAUGCGCAAGAUGCACAGGGGUAGAGCAACCGGGCCAGACAAAAUUCCUGUGGAAUAUUGGAAGAAUGCGGGUAGUGCAAGUUUGGAGUGGCUCACAAGGUUGUUCAAUGUCAUUUUUAGGAUGAAGAAGAUACCCGAAGAAUGGAGGUAG